AUGAAGCUAUCAAACCACUCGGCCGUACCCGUCUACACCAUCUCUGGCUCUUCCACCGCCCGCCCUCUACCGGACUGGCUUGCGCGCAAGCGAAAACGAAGCCUGAAGCAGGACCCCGAGUUCGCCAACCGUGUCGAGCUUCUACAGGACUUUGAAUUCGAGGAGGCAAGCUCUUGCGUGAGGGCCAGUGAGGAUGGCAACUGGGUCAUGAGCACCGGAACCUACAAGCCUCAGAUACACACACACUACCUACCGCACCUAUCCCUAUCCUUCGCGCGCCACACCGACGCCCUAAACCAGACCUUCCUCCUCCUAUCCUCCGACUACUCCAAAUCCCUCCACCUCCAGUCCGACCGCUUCCUCGAAUUCCACACCCCGCAAGGCCGCCACUACUCGACGCGAAUACCGCGCUACGGGCGGGAUCUGAAAUAUGACAAGCGCUCCGCCGAAGCGCUGGUGCCCGCCGUCGGGGUCGACGGCGACGGCAACGGCGAAGUCUUCCGCCUCAACCUCGAAGUCGGGCGCUUCAUGAAAGGCUACGAGAUUGAUGUCGGCGGCGACGACUUCACUUCUAUGGGAGGCGGUGCACUGCAGGGCGGGAUCGAUACCGGCAGCGUGAACACAGCCGCCAUAGCGGAGGAAUCGCACAACCUGCUCGCGUUCGGGACGUCGCUCGGGACAGUCGAGUUCUGGGACCCACGCUCACGCAGCCGAGCCGGUGUACUCGCGCCGCCACCCUCCGCGACCGCUUUUGACGCCCGUACCGAAAUCACCGCACUCGAAUUCGACCGCUCAGGUCUUACUCUUGCCUCCGGCACCUCCACAGGCCUGAUCCACCUCUACGACCUCCGCUCCCCUCUCCCCCUCCUCAAAAAAGACCAAGGCUACGGCUUCCCGAUCCAAACUCUAAAGUUCCUGAACCCGACCACCACAACCCGGCAGCGAACCUCGGACCCCAAAAUCCUCUCCGCAGACAAGCGCAUUAUCAAGCUCUGGGACCCCUUGACCGGCGCGCCUUGGACGUCCGUCGAGCCCGCAGUCGACAUCAACCACGUCGAGUGGAUCGCAGACAGCGGGAUGAUACUAACCGCCAACGAGGGGAAGGCGUUACACUCGUUCUUAAUUCCGCAGCUGGGCCCGGCGCCCAGGUGGUGCGCGUUCCUGGACAACCUUGUCGAGGAGAUGGCCGAGGACGGCGAAGACCCCGCUGCCUUCUCCGGAGGCAUCAGCGGCGCCGGUGCCCGCAAGGCAGGCGAGGUCUACGACAACUAUAAGUUCCUCACCCUUCCGGAGCUGCGGGCGCUGAGUCUGGACCAUCUAGUCGGCACGACGGGGUUGCUGAAGCCGUAUAUGCACGGCUUCUUCGUGCAGCAGCGGCUCUAUGAGGAGGCGAGGCUGAUAAGUAACCCCGAGCUGUGGCAGGAGAGGCGCGCGAAGAGUAUCCAGGAGAAGAUUGAGAAGGAGAGGGAGAGUAGGAUUAGGGGGAGCAAGAAGGUCGCUGUUAAGGUUAAUAGGCGGUUGGCGGAGAAGAUGGCGGAGAGGGAGGAGAAGAGUGAAAGGAGGAGGGCGAGGCGAAUACUGGAGAGGGGCGGGGAUGACAAUAUGGUUGAUGAAGCUCAGCCUGUGAAGGCGGUGGAUGCGGCGGCGGAAGAACAGGAUGCGGAGGAAGAAGCGCCGAGGAAAGCGAAUCCCCUAACAGAUUCCCGUUUCGCGAGACUCUUCCAGGACGAGGACUUCGAAGUCGAUGAGACCUCGCGAGAGUUCCAGUCUAUCAACCCCUCCACAAACCCCUCCGCCAGCUUCCCCAAGGGCCUGACAGCCGUCGAGCAAGAGCAGCUCGAUGGCCGCCGCAGCUCCGACUCCGACGACUCUUCGGACAAUGAUGACGAGAGCAGGCCGCAGCAACGGCCGCAGCAGCCAACACAGUCAACGGACAAGAAUCGCCUCUCCUCCUCCAACUACCGCAAGUCCGGCCACCGCUCCCAACGGCCCCAGAUGCUCGUCUCAUCUUCUACAAGCAGUAAACCGCAACAGCGUCGCGACAGGUCCUUCGGCUCGCGGGCAGCCUCGCUGAAGGACAAUGGCAAGCGAGGCCCUGCGGGCUCCAGGGGCGCGGCGGUCGGGGAGAAGGAAGUCACGUUUGCGCCGGCGAGGGUAGAGAAGGCUGGGCGUAGCAGGGGUAACGAGUUUGCCGGGGGAGGAGGGCAGAAGCAUGAAAGAAAGGAUAGGAGGAGUGCUAGUGGGAAUGUGUUUAGGCGGAUGUGA